AUGGAUAACGACAAUCCAACGACUUUUGCGAAAUCCUCUGAGCGAGUAUUGAGUCCUGCGGCUUAUGAUGACGACGUCUAUGAUGCGUUUGAUGGCCGGGAAAUUUUUGAUUUAAUCCGGUCGAUAACUGACCCGGAACACCCAUUGAGCUUAGAGGAACUUAAUGUGGUAUGUGAAGACAAUGUAUCUGUAGACGAUGACAGAAGCACGGUCGAUGUUCUUUUCACGCCGACCAUCCCUCAUUGCACCCAAGCUACUUUGAUUGGACUGGCUAUUCGGGUAAGGCUGUUCAGAGCUCUGCCUUCUAGGUUCAAAGUGACGGUGAAGAUCACGCCAGGAACGCACGAUCAGGAGUACGCUAUAAAUAAGCAGCUGGGUGACAAAGAAAGAGUGGCUGCGGCACUUGAAAACUCAAACCUUUUAGCUGUCGUGAAUGGUUGCUUGCAAAGCUGUGAAAGUUUUUGA